AUGUCGGGCCGUGAAGGUGGCAAAAAGAAGCCCCUGAAACAGCCCAAGAAGCAGGCCAAGGGGAUGGACGAGGAAGAUAAGGCUUUCAAGCAGAAACAAAAAGAGAAGCAGAAGAAACUCGAAAAGCUAAAAGCCAAGGCUGUGGGCAAGGGACCCCUGGCCAUAGAUGGAAUUAAGAAAUCUGGCAAAAAGUAAGCUGUUCCUUAUAUCUGAGAUGAUGGUGACCCUCUUCCAUUCCUAUUUAAACAUCUGGAUUCCCUGCCAUAAUAUCUUUGCCACCUACAGCUACAAUGA